GCGCUGAGGUCAGCGGCGAGCGGGCGCCGUCACAAAAGGAAGUGGCGGUAGCAACAGUGGCCGGUAGUGUGGGGCGGGGCGGGGCGGGGGGUGGCAGCGGCGGAGGCCGUGCCAUGGCCCAGCAGCAGGUGAGCAGCUCGCAGAAGGCGCUGAUGCUGGAGCUGAAGUCGCUGCAGGAGGAGCCGGUCGAGGGCUUCCGCAUCACCCUGGUCGACGAGUCCGACCUCUACAACUGGGAGGUGGCGAUCUUCGGGCCGCCCAACACCCUCUACGAGGGGGGGUACUUCAAGGCUCACAUUAAGUUUCCUAUUGACUAUCCAUAUUCACCACCUACCUUCAGAUUCCUGACCAAAAUGUGGCACCCCAACAUUUAUGAGAACGGAGAUGUAUGUAUUUCAAUUCUUCACCCGCCUGUAGAUGACCCACAAAGUGGAGAGCUGCCAUCUGAGAGGUGGAACCCUACCCAAAAUGUCAGGACUAUCUUACUGAGUGUAAUUUCUCUGCUUAAUGAGCCCAAUUUCUCUCCUGCCAAUGUUGCAUCAGUCAUGUUCAGGAAAUGGAGGGACAGUAAAGGAAAAGACAAGGAGUAUGCUGAAAUCAUAAGGAAACAGGUUUUGGCUACCAAAGCUGAGGCAGAGAAGGAUGGCGUGAAGGUCCCCACUACACUGGCAGAGUACUGCAUCAAAACUAAAGUGCCUUCCACUGACAACAGUUCGGAUUUGCUUUACGACGACUUGUAUGAUGAUGACAUUGACGACGAGAUGAGGAGAGAGGACGCUGAAUGUUAUGAUGAUGAUGAUUCUGGCAAUGAGGAGUCGUGACCUGCUCCCUCUAUGCCCCUGUACUGCCCUGCUGACUCAGGCCAGAAGGGAGCAGCAGUAACCUAGCAGCAGUCCAGCAAAAAAAGUGUGUGUGUGUGGGUGGGUGGGGAUCAAAAACCUAUUGUCUCCUGCUGUCUCCUGUUGUAUGGAUCUGUUUGCUCCUUUUUUAUGGACCUCUUAGAGACCCUCCACAGAAUGUCUGAAUUCUUGCAGUCUUAACCCUUUCAUCACUGUAUUAUGAUUUCUUUUUAAAAAGAAAUUCCCCUUUUCACUUCUCUAUGAAACGCUCACAGCGAAACAGGGUUGCUCACGUUUAGGUUAUUGAAUUCAAUAGUCUUGCAUUGAGAUGUUUAAUGUAUUUAAAGGUAGAACAAACCCAUUGGAAGCUGGGUUUUGGGGAGCUCAAGUGCUGCACUUACUGGGAAAAAAAAAUCCACACAAAGCAAAUUGCCAAGGUUUAGCUGCUCCAUUUACAAAAUAGCAUGUGUACAUUCGUUUAGCCUUGUGGUGGUGGCUUUUCCUUUUUAAGGUAUGGGGCGGAGAGUGUAAAGCUACUGUGUGUUGAGCUUGAUGGGCUGUUACUGAAAGGUACAGUAUUCCUUUUCAGCCUGCUCAAGUUAGGAAAUAGCUGGCCCCUGGAGCCCCAGCGGCACAAUCAGCUUUGUCUCUG